CCUCCUCCUCCUCCUCUUCUUCUUCUUCUCCCCCCCUCCGUCCCCGCCGCAGCCGGGCCCGAGCCCAGGGGAGCCCCGCCGGCCGGACGCCAUGCCCUCCGACCGGCCCUUCAAGCAGCGCCGCAGCUUCGCUGAGCGCUGUAAGGAAGUGCGGCAGAUCCGGGAGCAGCACCCCAACAAGAUCCCGGUGAUCAUCGAGCGCUACAAGGGGGAGAAGCAGCUGCCCGUGCUGGACAAGACCAAGUUCCUGGUCCCCGACCACGUCAACAUGAGCGAGCUGGUGAAGAUCAUCCGCCGCCGGCUCCAGCUGAACCCCACCCAGGCCUUCUUCCUGCUGGUCAACCAGCACAGCAUGGUGAGCGUGGCCACCCCCAUCUCCGAGAUCUACGAGCAGGAGAAGGACGAAGAUGGCUUUCUCUACAUGGUCUACGCUAGCCAAGAGACCUUCGGCUACUGAACGGGGGGGGAGGGGGCCCGGGGGCCAGGCUGCGCGCCCCAUCUCCCUCCCGGCUCAGCCUAGGGGGCUGCCGCCCGGCCCCUCUCCUCCUCACGCCAUCCUCCCCCCGGGCCGCCCGGCCGCCCCGCUCCCGGGACGUCGGGCUCUGCCCCGCCACCGCCCCUCCCCCGGUUCCGGCCCGACGCCGGACCGUCUGUGGCGGGGGCGGGAGGGCCCCGCGACGUACCUGCCCGUCCCCGGGGUGUCUCCAUCCACUUUGGGCGCUCCGACUCUCGGUGCUAGGCGGUGGACGGAGGAGCCCGUGCCCCCGGCCCUCUGGGAGAGGUGACGGGGGAGGAGGCGGCUGGUAUUUUCUCCGUCCUCAGCUCUGCCCCUCCGCUUCGGGCAGCUCGACGGAGGGGGGGGGGGGGCGGGGCCGGCCUCCGUUGUCCACAGGUGGGAGCUGCCUCGGGUGGCAUGUGCCUGCUUCUCCACACCCCCUCACCCCCGCCCUCCUCCCGAACCCACCCACCAUGUGUACGUGAACCGUCGAUAAAGCUCUGACGACUACAUGAAUUCAA